CUGUGCUGCAGCAACGUGCAUCCGUUCCUCUUUGACCCCAGAGUUAAUCUACAUUCAGACUGACGAUUCAAUAUAUUUCUCCGUUUCUGGAUAUUAAGCUAUUCCGGAGCCGCUGUAUUUAUGUAGUUUUACUAUUAUUUCGUAAGAUCGGUGAAGCUUGCUUCGAUUCAAUCAGUUGUGUGUCCGUUUUCCUCAACACUGCAGCAGGUCUACAUUUUCCGAACCGAAUGCUAACGCGAGCCGCUUAUGCUAUUUGCGUAAUGUAUCACAGUGAGUAUAGACAGUAAAUAAGGGGACCCGUCCAUCUGCAAUAAAUAAGGGGACCCGUCCAUCUGCAAUAAAGAGGAAAAGAAGAUGGUGAAAAUGGCUCCUCCAAAUGUAGCAUCUAAAUGCUCGACAGCGAUGGAGAAGGCUUCCUUCCCUCUAAAGCUAUUUCUCUGGGUGUUUUUAUUCGCUAAUUUUCCUACAAGCUCCAUCCAGACUGAAAACGAUGAUGAUGAAGUGACCAACAAAACCUGGGUGUUGACUCCCAAAGUGUACGAAAGCGAUGUCACCAACAUCCUAAACAGCCUACUAGAUGGCUACGAUAACAAACUUCGACCAGAUAUAGGAGUCAAACCAACCGUGAUCCACACGGACAUGUUUGUCAACAGUAUCGGCCCAGUAAAUGCUAUCAAUAUGGAGUACACCAUCGACAUCUUUUUUGCCCAGACGUGGUAUGACCGGAGAUUGAAGUUCAACAGUACCAUGAAGGUCCUGCGUCUCAACAGCAACAUGGUAGGCAAGAUCUGGAUACCCGACACCUUCUUCCGCAACUCCAAGAAGGCUGACGCCCACUGGAUCACCACGCCCAAUCGCAUGCUCCGGAUCUGGAACGAUGGACGGAUACUCUACACACUGCGGUUGACUAUUGAUGCCGAGUGCCAGCUUAAACUGAACAACUUUCCAAUGGAUGAGCACUCCUGUCCCCUGGAGUUUUCAAGCUAUGGUUACCCCAGAGAGGAGAUAGUGUACAAGUGGAAGAGGAGCUCCGUGGAGGUGGGAGACAUCCGCUCCUGGAGGCUCUACCAAUUCUCCUUCGUUGGCCUGAGGAACACCUCCGAGAUCGUCAGGACCGUGUCAGGCGACUACGUUGUGCUGACAGUCUUCUUCGACUUGAGCAGGCGGAUGGGUUACUUCACCAUUCAGACCUACAUCCCCUGCACCCUCAUCGUUGUCCUCUCCUGGGUCUCCUUUUGGAUUAACAAGGAUGCUGUGCCUGCUAGAACAUCCUUAGGCAUUACCACUGUGCUGACCAUGACUACGCUGAGUACCAUAGCCAGGAAGUCGUUGCCUAAGGUAUCCUACGUGACGGCCAUGGACCUCUUUGUGUCCGUGUGCUUCAUCUUUGUUUUCGCCGCGCUGAUAGAGUAUGGAACACUGCACUACUUUGUGAGCAACAGGAAGCCAAGCACAAAAAAGGACAAGAAAAAGAAAAACCCGCUCCUCCGGUUCUUUUCCUCAAAGCAGACCCCUACGGUGGACAUACGGCCUCGCUCAGCCACCGCCAUCCAGAUGAACAACGCCACCCACAUGCAGGAGCGAGAUGAGGAGUAUGGCUACGAGUGCCUGGACGGCAAGGACUGCACCAGCUUCUUCUGCUGUUUCGAGGACUGCCGCUCCGGGGCCUGGCGGCAUGGGCGGUUGCACAUCCGUGUCGCCAAGAUAGACUCGUACGCUCGCAUCGGUUUCCCCACCGCUUUCGGUCUCUUUAACCUGGUUUACUGGAUCUCCUAUCUCUAUCUCUAGAUCCAGCAUGUAGCCAGCCUUAUAAUAUACGUUCUGCUCCAGCUAGAUGAUUUUUAAGAAGGGGACCCACUGAAAUGUUUUCCUUUUAUUUUUGUUUCUGUUCGAUUUCAUUAUUUGUUAAUUCAUAUUUUUCAUAAUUUCUUUGUAUGGUUGAAGCAAAAGUUGUAGCAAAACCAAUAGGCAUGCAGGGAUCUGGUGUCCGAUAGUGGAACUACGACUGUGCUUUGGGUAAGCAAGAACCUAAGCUCACCGUAGUGAUUCUGCAUGACUACGUUUCCCAGAUUCCCCUUGGUCAGGUAAUUGGUUUAUGUAGAAGGUAUUCACAAUCAGGGCCGCUUCAAUGUUUCUUUUGUAUCUGCCCUUAGUCAGUAUAUUAGAUUACAGUAAACAUUUUCACAGUAAACAAACUUCAUUCAAACAAAAAUAGUAUUAAGCAUGUUCCCGUUUUUUUGUAUUAACAAGUCACGCAUGUACUGUAGAAGACAAACGGAAGAUUUGACAUCAGCUUAGUUUCCCAUUUUUUAAAAUAUGUAUUUAUUUAUUGCUAUGUUCCAUCCAUCCAAAAUCCAAAAUAAGCAAAAUCUAAAGCACUUUAAUAUAUAUAUAUAUAGGUUGAACAGUUAGUAUGAUUUUCAAUUAUACUUUGAUAGCUAGGUUUCUUUCAGCUAACUGUAAAACAUUACUUUAGCACAGUUAAACAUUACUUUUUUCAUGUGUGGUCAGAGCGCUAGAAAAUACUGUUUAUGGUCAACUGUACAGACACUGUAUAUAUUUAAUAUUAUGUAGUGGUUUACAUUUAUUGCAUGCACCUUUCAGGCCCAAAAUCAACACAUGUUUUAAAGGGGCAAUCCACAGUUGAUACAUCAAUUUUCAGACAUAUAAAUUAAUUAUAUACUCAUAGAUAAUUGAAGAAUAUAACUUAUAAAGGCCUCAAAAGCUUACUUCGACUGUCGUACCCCAUCACAACCCAAGAUAUAAGCUUGUUUUACUCAAUUGUUUGGAAACAUUGUAAAUGUAAACAA